AGAUGACAGUGCAUCGCAAGUAGGUUCUCAAACUUAACAUCGCAGGUAGCUGUUAUCAUUAUGUUCGUGUCAUGUGUAUGUGUUUGACGUUUUUAAUGUAUCGUGGUGUGUUAACUUUCUGAAAUGGCUGCGCCACCAAAACCGUGGGAAACUGCUGGCGCAAACUACAGGAUUGCCACAAAUUUUCCGAAUCCGCCGGGUUUCAGCAGGGCUCCAGUACCUUCUACAUCUAUACCAUCUAAUUUGCCUACAAGAAAUGUGCAGCAACAACCUCCACCUGUUCCAUCUCGCACAUACAGGCAAUCAGCUUAUGCACCAAUGACGUCAAGUACAUACCCAUCCUAUGGUUCAUAUGGAGGAUACUCAGGAUUGUCCAGCUAUGGAAGCUAUGGGGGUUAUGGUGGUUAUGGUGGUUAUUCGGGAUAUGGGGGUUAUGGAGGUGGAUAUGGUUAUGGAGGAUAUGGUGUUGGUAUGAAUAGGUAUGGAGGAUACCUACAAAGACCAGAAUUGGAAAGCAGGUUCAUACGCGUGGCAGAGGAAAGUACACGGCCUGCUUUCCAGUCUAUAGAAUCUUUGGUCCAGGCAUUCAGUUCUGUAACUUUCAUGUUGGAAUCAACGUUUGGUGCAAUACACAAUUCAUUCAGGGCUGUACUUAGUGUUGCAGAAAAUAUGGGGAGGCUACGUUCUGUUUUUAGUCAACUGUUCUCAGCUUUCACAAUUUUUCGCACACUCCAAUGGCUUUAUAAAAAAUGCCUCUAUUUAUUAGGUGUUCUGAAGUGUGAUCCUAGUCAAGAUGAUAUAUGGCUCCAAGCUGCAUCGAGGGUAGAAGAGCAGCAGGAAGCAGCUGCUGGCCAGUCCCGAUUUUCUUGGCCUGUUCUUGUUCUCAUGGGCAUUAUGCUUAGCGGCCCUUAUUUGAUGUGGAAGCUGCUUAGUACACUGAAUGAAUCUGUUGGUUCAGGUUUUAGCCUUGCUGAAUGGAAGAAGAGUAAGCAGCCUGUAACACUUGCUGUUGCGGAAUAUGAUUUCAAGGCAGCAAACGAGGAGGAACUUUCUGUCUGUGCUGGUGACAGAGUUCUUGUAGCACCUAUGAACUUCCAGGCACCCAAUGCACAGCAGAGUGGGUGGGUUCUAGCUACUGUUGAUGGACAGAAGGCUGGAUUUGUACCACUCAACUAUUUGAGGAUAACUGGAAAAAUGCAUUAUAACCGCGCUGUGCCUGUCAAGGUGCCACCACAAAAACAGCAGAAUGCCAUGGCUGCUGAAUUUCCACAGACACCUGAAACACCUGAAAUGGCGUGGCAGCCAGCCACUGAUAUCACAUCUGUUCACACUGAUGCAGCUUCAGUGCACACCUUGGUAAAUGAAGGCACCACUUCUUUGUCUAAUAGGACCGAAUUAGAAAUGCCAAUGCCACUACCACCCAAACAAAUCCAGGACGGACCGCAGCAGCUGCAGCAGCAGCAGCAACAGCAGCAGGAACAACAACAACAACAACAACAACAACAACACAGUCCCAUCAAUCAUUCCUGAAUAAGUGUUGUCAUUGCAAUAGGUAUUUGCAAAAAUGGACAAUAAAGUGUUGACAAAUGUCAGUGUGCUGCCAUCAAAGUGAGAUAGAUCUACUGAUCACUGAUCAUAAUGUGUCAUCAAAUAAUUGUAAAGAAUUUUAAUAUGUUGGGAACAACUCCAAUUCCAUGUUUUUGUGAAACUGCCAUUCACAAACCUUGUGUUUUUUUAUGUUGACUUUGGUUGUGUUUGUUUUUCAUAUGUUUGUAAUGUACAGGAACUGAAAUAUAAACAGUUUUUAUGUACAUUUUGAACAGUCUUUUCUAUAGCUACUCAGAGCUGUAUAAUACAUUCACAUUUAUAAAGCACAAAAUACUUGUUUUUCAGUGUACUAGUAUUUCUUAUUUCGUUAAGCUAUUCGUCUUGAUUUGUUUUCAGCAGUAAAUCAAAAUUCUCAAAUUGUGACAAUGAAAAAUGAUUAGUCACUGAAAAAAAGCCAUUGGUUUUGAGUGAAUUGUGCAGUUUUAUACCAUCUUACAAAGUACAAUCAGGAAGAGGCAAGACCAGCCAGCACAGUGGUAUUCUUUGAAUAGGAAUGUGCUUAGUAACUGAAAUGAUGCAGCAAGUAAAGAAAACUAUUUUAGUACAGUCAGUCAACAUAUCACGGAAUUGAUUCUGUUCUUGAAUUGUGAAAAUGUUGUUAAGUGAAGAGCAACAUGUAGGGAUGCGAAAUUAGGCUAAAUGACUCGCAAACGUACCAGUUUUCACAUAAAGAAUGUUGUGUGAGAAUAUAAUCACAUGUUUAAUGUACAUGGCACACAGAGAAUGAGCAGAAGCUUACCCAGUGAGGCUGCCAUAAACAAAUGGAAAUGUAUAUGUUAUAUAAUUUCAGCCUAAGGCCACAUAAAUGGUUUCGGUAACAAGUUAUGGCAUAACAAGUCAUCACCAGUAGGAAACUAAACUACAAACACAUUUUUUGCCUCUUACAUAUGAAUACACAAUAGACAAUAGUAAGAUUUCAUCUUCAGCAUAUGGAGCAUGGUGGUGCAAGUUGUGUAACUGUAGUAUUACUUGGUAUCAAAUGUCAGCACCAAUUGCACUUUUGUUGACUAUUAGGGCCAGUUUUGGCCACCAAGGAUAUUUUCUAGUGGUUAUCUGAACAAAAUUGAAAACAAGGUAGAAUGAAUAAGACAAAAAAGAAAGUAAUGAAAAAUCCUCAAAACAAAUGUAGUAAAAUUAGUAGAGAUUGUAACUGGUCCACUAUCAUCAUCAAUGGUAUAUGAAAAUAAUGUUUUAUAGCAAGUAAUUCACAAUUUAAGAAAGUAAUAUAUAUAUAUAUAUAACACGGACUUACAUGGGGAGUACAUAUCUGGUGUGAAAGAAAAUCGCAGUUUGGAAAGCCAGCAAUAAAAAACACGUAGAUUCUGCAAAUGCAUCUCUUCGUGCAAACAAGGUGUUGAUUCGAAAUGAAGUCUGAGCUGCUGAACAUGGCGUGUUACAAUAAGUGAGGCAUGCAUACUGUGUAACUGUGACUAUGCUAGAUUCAUUUACAUUACAACACAUCAAACAGCUUCUGAAAAGCAUAAAGGAGAACAAUGUUAGUUCUUUUUCAAGUUUUUUCUCUUUGUUAAGAAUAUUCAUGUGGUGCACAUAGUUAAAAAUUUCUCUCUCUUCCAUGAUGUCUGUAUGGGUACCCUUUUCUAUUUUAUACAAAAUGAUAAGAUUAUUGUCAAUGUUAGUAAAAACACUGUGUUCUGCGAUUAGAUGAGAAGGAAAGAGGGGUAAUCUUCUGCAUUUUUUUUCUCUGCUACACACCAGACAAAGUGAGUUAAUAUUACAGUGUUAUCCAAUUCUGAGCUAUGUUUAGAUUAGAGAGAUUAGAUUAGGUUCUGUUUUUGUUC